AGCGGAAGUGGCGGCGGGGUCCUGGCGCGGUUGCCGAGCAGCCCGGCAGAGGCGGCAGGGCGGGCGGAGGUGCGGGCACGGUUCCCGCUGCGUCCCGGCGCCAUGAGCGCGGCCGGGCUGGUGUCCGCCACGCCGCCGGUGUCCGCCACCCCGCCCGGGGCUCCGGCCCCCGCCAUGCCCCCCGGGCCUGAGUACUACGAGGAGGAGGAGCUGGAGAGCGCCGAGGAGGAGGACGGCGAGCGGAGCGCUCGGGCCCGCGACUCGGACGAAGAUACUGAGGAUGCCAGCGAGACUGACCUGGCAAAACAUGAGGAAGAGGACUAUGUAGAAAUGAAAGAACAGAUGUAUCAGGACAAACUGGCAUCUCUUAAGAGGCAAUUGCAACAAUUGCAGGAAGGUACUCUUCAGGAAUAUCAGAAAAGAAUGAAAAAGUUGGACCAGCAGUAUAAAGAAAGGAUACGAAAUGCAGAAUUGUUUCUCCAGCUGGAAACAGAUCAGGUGGAAAAAAAUUAUGUCAAGGAAAAGAAGGCAGCAGCAAAGGAAUUUGAAGAUAAGAAAAUUGAACUUAAAGAAAACUUGAUUGCAGAGUUGGAAGAGAAAAAGAAGAUGAUUGAGAAUGAGAAGCUAACCAUGGAAUUAACAGGAGAUUCUAUGGAAGUGAAGCCUAUCAUGACGAGGAAACUGAGGCGACGACCAAAUGAUCCAGUUCCCAUCCCAGACAAGAGGAGGAAACCUGCCCCUGCUCAGCUAAAUUACCUGUUGACUGAUGAGCAAAUAAUGGAGGACCUGAGAACCCUGAAUAAGCUUAAAUCACCCAAGAGACCAGCCUCUCCCUCCUCCCCUGAACACCUCCCAGCGACACCAGCAGAGUCUCCAGCACAGCGGUUUGAAGCCCGGAUAGAAGAUGGAAAACUCUACUAUGAUAAAAGAUGGUAUCACAAGAGCCAGGCCAUUUACCUGGAGUCUAAAGAGAACACUAAGAUCAGCUGUGUCAUCAGUUCUGUGGGCGCCAACGAGAUCUGGGUGAGGAAAACCAGUGACAGCACAAAGAUGCGAAUCUAUUUGGGACAGCUGCAGCGAGGUGUUUUUGUGAUUCGUCGACGAUCAGCUGCAUGACUGUAUGCUCUUCCUUGCUCUUUUUUUUUUAAUUAAAACCAAUAGACAAACAUCUAAUGGGGAAUGGCGGUCUGUUCACUCUCAUCUUAGCAACAGAGAACACUGUCAUGACCUCUUAUGAGACACUUUGUGGCUGGCCACGUUAUCCAUAGUAGUCCUAAAAUCUUGAGUGAUACCCAAGCACUGCCCUGGACUAUUUCUGGACUUUGCAUCAGGCUUCUGUAUGUUUUCUUUAUAUUCUGGGUGACUAUUUAAGAAGACUUUGCAUCAUACUUUUUUCACCAUUGUUUUAUGGUGCAUAGAUUGGACUUGUAUGUUGAAGACAGUGUAACAUUUCUGUUUUGAAUCAGACCAAUGGAAGAAACUUUGCUUGUCAAGACCUGAGGUGGCUUUUUUUUUUAUUGUUUUCCUGCAAGGCUCAGGAUGUUGAGCAAAAGGAGACUAAUCCUGUCAGGUUCAGUUGCAGCUGAGAUGCAUCUGUAGUAUCUGGUAAAUAACAUCAGCUUUAUGGGAUGAACUGGUUAAAGACUCGAGUGCUGAGGCUUUUUUGGGAAAGUUUGAUCAGUUUAGAAACGGCUGAAAAUCCAGUUGGUUUUAAUGUAGUUAAGCAGUCACAUGUGGCUAAUCUGAAGCUUCCGUUUCUCUUCACAUUAAAACACCCUUCAAUGAACCUGCAGAGAGUAUGUCUAUACUGCUAUAGUAGAUUUCCUGAAAUAGGCAGAUGAGCAUAAAACAAAGGAUUGAUUAACUGGGCUUUGCACGUAGCAAGACUAUAGAAACAAUAUGUGAGGAUAGCCAUUUGUACAUGUAGAGAAAUGAAGGAUAAAUACCAGUUUCUUCACUGAUGCCUUGAGAGUAGUGGGUUGUGCUGAAAUGAUGCUGACAGAAGAUACUGGAUCUGUGGUGUCCUCCAAAGAAGUCUGGUACGGAGUGGAUAGCUGUAUUGACAUGCUCUUAGUGUACACCUGAAACCUUCAUUCCCUAAAACAUCUUACAAAGGUUUCCCUUUGAAGGGUGUUUUAAUUACUGGAGAUAACACUGGAUUUCUACACUUACCCUCCAAAAACACAAGAGUUAAAAUGUUCAAGUGUUUAUAUGAUGAAUGUACUCCCUUCCAAGGUGUUUAAAGAUCUGCCUCUGAUGGCUGAAACUACCAGUACCGUGUGUGACCGUAUUGGCAUGAACUCCACAGCACCCUGGCAGCACUGUCAGAUCUCUCCCUUCUGUGCAAAUCAAUUUUGUGUUCCUUCUUUCGAUUACUGGACAAAAAGUUGUGAUUUCUGCCUUUCUCUAUCUGUUACUUUGUGAGGCAUCUUUUUGGUUUUGUUUUUCAACUGCAUUCUCGUUCAGCAUCAGUCUAGCCUUUCUCGUAUCUGGAUAAAUGACUGUUUUA